GCACCCAGGCCCCAGAGUUCAAGCCCUAGGACCAAGAAAAAGAAAAAGCAUAAGAUUUCUUCCCCAUUUGACUGCUUGGUACUUGUAACAAAACUCCUUAUUAUGAUGGCAUUUACCAUACACAAAGUGGUUUCUCACACUUAGUCAUCAACUAACUUCACAAGGUAAGAAGACAGCUUACAUUUCAGUGGGAGUAGUAGCCACAAUGUCUUACUUGCUGUGUGCCAGGCACUUUGCUAGGGAAUUAUGCAACAUAAUUAUUUUUAAGCAACUAUGUUAUUCUUGUUUUAUAGGUGAGGGAACUAGGUUCCGAAGAUUAAACGACUUACCCAAAGGUACUGAUAUAUUAAGCAGUGAGGCCACGAUCCAGACUGAGGCCAUCUGAUCUGAAGUCCAGAUGGUCAUCAUGUCGCAAUACUAAGAAUCACAUAUAUGUGUGUGUGUGUAUGUAUAUCUAUGACUGCAUUUGAAAAUGGCAGAGGGAAACAAUAAUGAAGAGGUAAUUCACUUGAACAACUUUCACUGCCACCGGAGACAAGACUGGAUCAGUCUCAGAGAUGGGCCUAUCACCAUAUCUGACUCUUCUGAUGAAGAAGGGAUUCCAAUGCUGGUCACCCCAGCUCCUCAGCAACAUGAAGAAGAGGACCUGGAUGAUGAUGUCAUCCUGACAGAAAGAAAUAGAUCUCAGGCAUCCCGAUCCAAUCUCAUCAAACCAGCUGCCCAGUGGCAAGAUCUGAAAAGAUUAAGAGAAGAAAUGCCUAAAAAGUCUAGAACAGCAUGUGAAUCAGAUAACAGCUAUUUUUCAUUAUGUAACAACUCAUUGUUUAAUUCUGGGACACAGGAUGAUUCUGAAGAUGACUAUGGUGAAUUUCUGGAUCUUGAGCCUCCUGAAGUCUCCAAAUUUACCAAGGCAAAUGGCCACAGAGAAAGAGAACCCAAACCUGGACCAAGUCAUAACCAAGUAGCAAAUGACAUCAUCAACCCUAGAUCAAAACAGAAAGUCAUUAUAUUCGAAGAAAAUACCCUUCAUUUCCCUAAAGAUGAUCAUUUGGAAAUUCAGAAUCCAUCAUCUGAUGACUCGGAGUCAGAAUUCUUACAAAAUCUAGGAGAAUCAGCUGCCUCAGUAGAUGAUCAGGCCAUCGAAGACUACUGGAUAGGCCAUCCUUACUUCCAAGCUUUUAACCAACCUCCCCUGGAGAUAACAAACCAGGUUGUUCCACAGGAUCGGCACCCUAAAACAGAGCUGGGCCCCUUGUUUCAGCAUGAUCUUCCAGAGCCACCUUUUCCAAUGCCAGUUUUUCCAAGACCAGAGCCCCAACAGGACGGCAUUCCAGGCCCUGAUUCUCCUCGGCCUGCCCAUUCUCUUGAAGGGCUUGAAGACCAACAGUUAGCAAUUGACAAUGAAGAGCCAGGACCAGCCUUUCCUCUACAAGAAUCUCAGGAGGCCAAUUUGGAAAACCUCUGGGGGCAAGAACCUGUUGAAGUUGACCAAGAACUCAUUGCACUAUUAGUGAAAGAAACAGAAGCAAGAUUUCCAGAUGUAGCAAAUGGGUAUAUUGAAGAGAUAAUUCACUCGAAGAAUUACUAUGAUUUAAAUGUACUUUGCAAUUUUCUUCUGGAAAAUCCAGAUUAUCCAAAGAGAGAAGAUAGAAUCAUUAUCAACCCCAGCAGUAGUCUGCUCGCCAGCCAAGAUGAUAUAAAGCUGCCUAAGGUAGACUUCUUUGACUUUGCCACAUUGACUCCUCUUGACCAACGCUGCUUCAUCCAAGCUGCUGACCUCCUGAUGGCUGAUUUCAAGAUGCUCAGCAGUCAAGACAUCAAGUGGGCCCUGCACGAGCUCAAAGGACACUAUGCAAUAACCCGAAAGGCCUUUUCUGAUGCCAUUAAAAAAUGGCAGGAACUUUCACCAGAAACUAGUGGAAAAAGGAAAAAGAGGAAAGAAAUGAAUCAGUAUUCCUACAUAGAUUUCAGAUUUGAACAAGGUGACAUAAAAAUAGAAAAGCGGAUGUUCUUUCUGGAAAAUAAGCGGCGACAUUGUAGGUCCUAUGACCAGAGGGCCCUUCUUCCAGCUGUGCAGCAAGAGCAAGAAUUCUAUGAGCAGAAAAUCAAAGAAAUGGCAGAGCAUGAAGACUUUUUGCUUGCCCUGCAGAUGAAUGAAGAACAAUAUCAAAAGGAUGGCCAGCUAAUUGAGUGCCGCUGCUGCUAUGGAGAAUUUCCAUUUGAGGAGCUGACACAGUGUGCUGAUGCUCAUUUAUUCUGCAAAGAGUGUCUCAUCAGAUAUGCCCAGGAGGCAGUCUUCGGAUCUGGAAAGUCAGAUCUCAGCUGCAUGGAAGGCAGCUGCACGUGUUCAUUCCCAACCAGUGAACUGGAGAAAGUGCUUCCCCAGACCAUCCUGUAUAAAUACUAUGAGAGAAAGGCUGAAGAAGAAGUUGCUGCUGCUUAUGCUGAUGAGCUUGUCAGGUGCCCCUCCUGCAGCUUUCCUGCUUUGUUGGACAGUGAUGUGAAGAGAUUCAGCUGUCCUAACCCUCGCUGCCGGAAGGAGACCUGUAGGAAGUGUCAGGGACUCUGGAAAGAACACAAUGGCCUCACCUGUGAAGAGCUGGCUGAAAAGGAUGACAUCAAGUACCGAACAUCUAUUGAAGAAAAAAUGACUGCUGCCCGCAUUAGAAAAUGCCACAAGUGUGGGACUGGCCUCAUCAAGUCUGAAGGCUGCAACCGUAUGUCCUGCCGCUGUGGUGCCCAAAUGUGCUACCUCUGUCGGGUAUCUAUAAAUGGAUAUGACCAUUUCUGCCAGCAUCCUCGCUCACCAGGAGCCCCUUGCCAGGAGUGCUCACGAUGCUCCCUCUGGACUGAUCCCACUGAAGACGACGAGAAGCUAAUUGAGGAAAUACAGAAGGAGGCUGAGGAAGAGCAGAGGAGGAAGAAUGGAGAGAGCACCUACAAGCGCAUCGGGCCCCCUCUGGAGAAGCCCCCUGAGAAGGUGCAGCGGAUGGAAGCCCUCCCUCGGCCUGUCCCUCAGAAUCUUCAUCCCCCACACAUGCCACCCUAUGCCUUUGUGCACCCACCCUUCCCCCUGCCUCCUGUGCGGCCCGUGUUCAACAACUUCCCACUUAACCUGGGCCCCGUCCCUGCGCCCUACGUGCCCCCACUGCCCAACGUGCGGGUCAACUUCGACUUUGGCCCCAUGCAUGUGCCGCUGGAGCACAACCUGCCCAUGCACUUUGGCCCCCAGCCAAGGAGGCGCUUCUGACAGGGCCCAUUGGCCCGCCCAGUCUGCACGGGACAGUGGGACACGGGACCUCAUGCUGCCCUGCCUUCUCAUUUGAGAGGUGGUUCCUUGGGCCCCCUUGAAGGAGGGCUCAUCCUCCUCCCGUGCAUUUCUCAGGAAGGACUACUGUCCUGGAAGGCUCAUGCCCUCUGGGUGCCUAUGAGGGGACCAACCUGGCUCUUCGUGGGUCAGAGUGUAGGGCAGCAAACCUCCUAGUUUUGCCAAGUGUUUGUACCUUUUCGCAUUCUUUGAACUGACAGUUUCUCCUCAAUCUCUGCAAACUACACUGAUGGUGGGUCUCCCACACCAGGCUCCUGUUGAGGCUGGAUGGUCCUGAUACCUGGACCAAACGGGGUUCUUUCUUGUAGCGGUCACAGGUCCCCUGGGCUGCCCUAUCACUGGGGAGAUUUCACUGCCACCAUGCAGAUGACAGCUUUUCUUUCUCCAUAGGUAUUCUGGAGGGUUUCUUCCCUAGGGAUACAGAUGCCUCGAGAAGUUUCCUCUGUUCUGGCAGCCCUCCUGUGCACCUGCCCACGUUUUUCUUAGUGAUUUAGUAGUAGGUUGUGGCUGGGGUAAAGAUAAUUGCCCCCUGCCGUCUAGUGAGAGUCAGCUCUGGGCCUGUGCUGGGUCCCCACCGUGAUGCCAGCCCAGGUCUUUGGACAGUGAAGGUGUCACUCCACCCUGUUUGCCAAGUGGAGGCCCACGGCUUUCCACUGCUGAGCUGAGACCCAGCCUGGCAGAGGCCUCAUCUUGGCCAUAGCUGUGGGAAGUUGAAAGCACCAACCUCAGACAGGGAGACAACUGCCAUAUUUGGGGUAUACACAGGUACUGUCACCCACUGCCAUAUGCUUCUCAGAUGUCUUUCAGGGAUUCAAGCAGGAGAAAAGGUCACCAGAUAUGGGGGGGACACAAUGAUGGUAAGCUGUGCUACUAUCCUGAAUGACAGUGCCUUGGAAAGGCGGGCCACACACCUCUGUGACAAGACCCCCUAAGUACCUUAAGUAGUAGCAAACUCUUGUUCUCUGCCCCUCCCCUGAAAGCAGAGGGCAGCAGUGAGCCUGAAGAUGGAAGGUGACACCAGACAUAACAUCAUACUGGGGGGCUGAGACCAGAUGAGGGACCCUGCUUGACCAUGCCCAGCAUGUGGCAUUGAAACUCUAGCACAGGAAGAGGUGCUCUGUCCUUCAAGAACGUCUAGCCAUCUGGCCACACAUUUAUGGGAGAGGAACUGCUUCCCAUUGGUGUCCUGUUGGCAUCUCAGGGGCAGUUGGCACUUCACCCUGGGCCCAGGCUGCUCCUGGGGCAUGGCUGCCCAGGCACUGUCCCAAUUUAUUUGCCUUAAAACUGGAGAGUGGGUCUAGUGUUUGCACUUAGCUGAAGGUUUCGAGCUGAAGAAGAUGAGCAUGACUGUCACUUCGUAUGAUUAAGUAGUUCCUUAAACAUUUUACUUUGCUGUAUGGUAGUGGAAAUAGAUGGAGUAAAAUCUGUUUAAACUACUGUAUGUAAAAAGCCUGUAUCAUAUGUAACUUGGACUUUUUGUAAAUAAAUGUUUGUGUACUCUC